AUGAUUAAGGCAUUUGACCCAGAGUCAGAAAAAUUCAACUUGCAAUUAGAUCAACCCUCGAUUACUAUAAAAGGAGUCGAUGUGGAGGAGAUUUUUGGUUUGAAGGACAAAUCUGCAGAUGGGCUGGAUAUUGACACCAUCCUUUUUGAGGAUGGGAAAUUUGCAGAAAAUGAGAUUCCACCUCAUUUUCUGAACAAGUGCACCGGCAGUCUCAGCAUUGAUGGAUUGAUCUCGGACGCCAUCAAGAGCGGAUUAGACGACGAUGACUUCCUUCGCAGAGCUGCUCUUGUGGCCCUUGGUACAGUUCUUGCACCAACGUCCACGGCAACAGUUCCGUUGGAGUAUUGGGCAAUCGUUAAGUACGUGUCACGGUUGAAAAAAUUGAACUUCAAUCGUUUCACACGUGAUUUUUUGAUUACCAAUAUAAAGAAACUGGGAAGUGAAUAUGAGAAGGUGCAAUGGCCAUGCGGCAACCUAGCCCUGCUGCAGUAUAUUUACUAUGAAAAAGUGCGCCCAAUUGGUUCACAAUUGACGUCAUCAAGGCCGUUGAUGAGGAACUGGACAGAAGAAGAAGCUAAAAAGAGAGACAGCAUGGAUUACAAUGAUGGACGAGGAGUAGGCUUGAUUGACGACGACAUAUCUGCUAAGCACAGAAGGGAGGUGAUCCACACACCUGACGUUGUUCCAAAAUCAAAGAGGAAGCAAAGUAAAAGAGCUAAAGCUGCAGCUUCUAGCAUGAGCACGCCAGGUCCAGUGGAUGAUUCAAGAAUGGAGGUCAUGUUUGAGCAGGUUCUGAUUAAAAUGACCAAUCACAUAGACACAACAUUAAGAAAAAAUAUGCAGAAAUAUGCAGACGCAUCUGCUCAGAAACUCCUAAAAAUGCUUAACUCGAAGGGAGUUGCAUACAGGGCAGGCAAGGCUGACAUGUCUGAUGACGAAGAUCAGGAGGAGGAAGCCAAAAAGGAAGGAGUGGCCUCCACACCUAGCCAUGGAGGCCUUCCGCCUAAAGAUUUCAUGGACAAAGACGUUCCCAACUCAGACGGCAGUGCAUCAUGGUUGAAUUCCGUUAAGGAUCAAAAGGACGAUGAAUUGGAUGAUGCAAGUAAGAAGAGUGAGCCGGUGGAGGAUUUGAACUUCGUGACACCCACCGACAAGAAGAAGACUGCUAGUGCUGGGUACACGACCCCGGCGCCUAAGCACGAAGAUACUCCUGAAAUACCCAUAAUCAUCGACGACAAGGCUACUCCUGAAUCGUCCUGCUCGGCAACUAUUUAUUUAACUCCUCCAGAUGCAUCAGAAGAAUUUGAAAGCUUGAACACGAUCUGCCGCAAAGCGAUAGCAAGUGGGAAGAAGGAGGAGAGAAAGGAUGAUGUAUGUGGGAAAAAAGAGGAGAGAAAGGAUGAUGUAUGUGGGAAAAAAGAGGAGAGAAAGGAUGAUGUCUGUGGGAAGCGCACACGCAAACCUCCUCGCAAAUUAAGUUCCCCAAGCAUUGUGAUGACCUCCAAAUGUCCUAAACAUAUUCGACGUGCAGUCAGAAAAGGUCCUGAAGCUUUGUUCAACAACGAAUAUGCCACGGAUGGAUCAAAUCAGCUGACACCGGAGAUAAUUGACGCAGCUGUCGAGUAUAUUCGGAUAUCAAUGAAAAGUACAAAAAAGGGCCGAUUUGGUAAGAGUGUGUACGAGAAUGCAGACGGGGCUGGGGCGAGUGCUGGAAUGCUUAAACCUAUCCUUGACAGUGGAUGGCUGUGCGGUGCUGUCAUUGAGUGUUACUUGGGUGAUCUUAGAUUAAAAUUGAAGGAUAGAACAAUUUGCCCUGCAUGGAGGGCAAAUUCUAUAGUCGAACAUAAACCUAAAAGGCAGAAUUGGAAAAGCAGUAAGAACCCUGACACGGCGGAUAUUGCAGAGAUGUCAACUUGCUACGAAAGAUGCGAGCUGGAAUAUUUUGCCACUAACAAGGCUUAUUUCUCGGUUAACAUCUCCGGUUGCCACCGGGUCACCGUCGUCAUGCACAAUGACAAGGAGGAAUUUCAGGUGCUAGACUCGUUAUGGAGCCUUAAUCAGAGCAAGGGAUUUGUGGAAAUGCUGAGAGAAGAAAUCUCUAAGGACAUCGAGUUUGCGAACAAUGAGUUAUCGAGAAAGAAGUAUCCAGACGUUUCGAAAUGGGAAAUUAAAAGCUAUCCAAUACCAAAGCAAAGAGAUACGAACUCAUGUGGACUCUUCCUGUUAGCAUGUAUGGAGCACUGGGAUGGAGAUGAACUGACGGCCGAAUUUUCGCAGGAAACGAUAAACAAGAAUAGAAAAAGGACAGCUGCCAAAAUUAUAAUGGCACAAUCAAACCUGCUCGAGAAGACGAAGAAGGAUGUCCUAGAUAUCGCGGCGAAAGCACGUGCCUGA